AUGGCGGUUCUAAAUAAGGACUUUGUCCUUACCAUACUCUACCAUCAAAUCAUCCUUCUUAUCAUUCUUAUCAUCCCUAGGAGAACGCAAAUCGGCGACCGGAACGUAUCAUCGGAUUAUCGCCGGAAUCAUCCAUCUUUUAGGUUUCCGGCAACCGAAACUAGGGCUUCUAAUCUUCACUUAAAGGAUGUACCUAUCAGCUUUGUUACUCAAUUCUACGGAGAGGAUUGGGCCGAUAGGAAGAUGCUCUUAACUGACGGCUGGGAAACAGUUGUUUCAGAUCUCAAACUUCAGAAGGAUUGUCUCCUGACAUUUCGUCCCAUGAACCAUUUUGGUCUCUAUCUUUCAUCUUUUGUUAAUGGCGCCUGUGAGCAAUCUUAUUUCACGAUUAAUCGUCAUCUAAGAUUGGGUUUUACGAUCAUUGAAGAUUCAUUUGUUCAACAAUGUUUUGGGGACGAUGUAAUGGCUGGCUCAUAUGAAGUUAAUUAUAAGGGUUCUCCGUGGACGGUGUCAACAACUAAGGUUAAUUCAAACUAUGUAUUCUCACAAGGUUGGACUCAACUUUGCAACGAUCUUGGCGUUCAGGAAGAUGAUUUAUUGGUUUUUGAAAAACUUAAUGAUGUUAUGUUUGAUUUAACGGUGUAUCGAGACGAGGUUGAGAUAAGGUUGAGCAAGAAGGUUGAAUCUGAUGAUGAUGAUGAUGAUGAUGUAAUUCAGAUCUCUAGGGCCGAUUACGAUAAAGCGCUUUUUAAGGACAUAGAGGUAGAUGAUAACCAGCCCACAUCUGUUAAAAGUCCAUCAGGAACAGUCCCGACAAGUACACCAAAGAAUGUUCAUGUUAAAGAGACGUUGAAAGUAGGUGAUGGUUUACAUUUCACGACAACACAAGAUCUCAAAGGAAAGGGAAAAGGUAAACUUUCUGUCGACCGAUCCGUCACAGUUGACAAUUUCAACAAACAAUGCAGAGGCCGAAAACGUUAUACAACAUCUGAUCAAACUGUCAAGCAUCCAAAGAAGGUUUCAAGGAAUGCAAACAAAGUUUCCCGUAUCUGCAUUGAUCCAGAAUAUUUCGACUUUAGCCGUAAAGCUGAAUAUAGGCUGCGGCUUCCGGUUGAGGUUGUUAAUAGAGCCGGCCUGUCUGAAAGAUUGCAACUUAUAUCUGUCCAGAACUUGAAUGGUGAUGUUGAAGUUUAUGACACAAAGAUAGAGUUAAACAGUGGUACGUUACGUUACGCUGUUGAUGGAUGGAGGAAAUUUAUGGAUGAUAACCAGUUGCAGUUUGGACACAUGUUGCACUUCACAUAUGUAACUUCACAGAGGAAGAUUGUGUUGAACGCAAUGCCUAAACGACCAAAAAUUGUCUCCGUAUACAAUGACAUUGAUAAAGAAAACACUCAGCAUGCUGUCCUCCCAAUUGUUACUCGAGACGAGGCAUCUCAUAGAAGAAAAUUAAGAAAAUUAUACUUGGAUAAUAAGAAAUCAAAUGUGGGAACUACAUUGUCAUCCCUCAAUAUUGAUUCCACUAAUAUUAAUUCAACUUCCACUCCGUGUGUUACAUCUGAUAACAUAGUCAACAGAAUUGGUUUUCACAAUUUUGAAUCCACUCCUGAGGUGACUAAUAAUGUUAAUCCAAGUCCUUCAAGUAUUGUAACAACAUGUAACAUUAUUUGUAGCACCAGCAAUCGUACAACGAGAAAAAACGAUAUUGGGAAUAAUAUUUCAACUGGCAUCACAUCAACCACCUGCACAUCAUCAUUGAACCGUAAUUUGCAAAGGCUAUCAUCUGGGAAACGUAAGUUGGUAUCCAAAGCACGUAUUUCGUCUCCUAUACCAAUGAUCGACUUGACCACAGACGAAACCGUAGAACGAGAUCCUUAUAAAGGUGUUUCUACAGAUUAUUUGGAUCACGGUGAUCAAGUUAUUACUUGUGAAGUUUGUUAUGCAAAGUUAUGGGACGCAGAGAAAGGAAGCGGAAGAAAAGAGGGUGGCAAAAUAUGUCAUAUGUUAUGUUGUGGUUAUGCCAAAGUUGUCUUACCGGAUUACAAAACCGCGACACCUUAUUAUAAAAGUCUAUUCAUGUCCAAUGACAAUGAAAGCAAGCACUUUUUGAAGAACAUUCGACGUUACAAUUCUAUGUUCGCGUUUACCUCAAUGGGUGGUAAGGUUGACCAAACCGUGAAUACUGGUAAUGCUCCUUUUUGCUACAGAAUUAGUGGUGAAAAUUAUCAUUCUAUUGGUAGUCUUGUGCCACCAAACGGAGGGAAGCCUAAAUUUUGUCAGUUAUACAUAUACGAUACUGAAAAUGAGUUGGCAAACAGGUCUUCAGACAAUGUUUCCUCAUCAUCCACUUCAGAUGAAACUGAUAAUAAGCUGAUACAACAAAUCAAAGCAAUGUUUGAUGCCGAAAAUGUGCUUGUGAAAAUUUAUAGGAUGGUUAGAGAUUACUUCCAACAAAAUCCUAAUACCACUUUAAAGCUUCGCCUAAUUGGCAAAAGAGAACAAGAUGGUCGGACUUAUAACUUACCUACUUCCUCAGAGGUUGCUGCUCUUAUUGUUGGAGAUAUCGAUAACGCACUUGAGAAAAGAGAUAUCGUUGUCGAGACACAAACAGGUUCAUUAAAAAGAAUAAGUGAAUUGCAUCCUUCCUAUCUUGCACUUCAGUAUCCUAUUUUGUUCCCAUAUGGAGACGACGGUUACAGAAUUGACAUACCACAUAGGGGUGUCAUUGAUGUUACUAACAAGAAACGUCCGAAUUGUACAAUGAGAGAGUUUUUUGCGUAUCGUGUACAAGAUCGUAGUAACCAGUUUUCAUUGAUUCUAAAUUCCCGACGGUUAUUCCAACAGUUUUUGGUUGAUGCUUAUACGAUGAUUGAGAGCGAGCGACUUAACUUUAUAAGAUUUCAGCAACAAGAUCUCAGGUCUGAUACAUAUGAGAAUAUCCGGAAACUAAGAUAUAACGGCCAACAAGAUUUGUCUAAGGUUGGAAAACGUAUUUUCCUUCCAUCUUCCUUUACAGGCGGGUCACGAUAUAUGAUGCAAAACUAUCUUGACGCAAUGGCAAUUUGUAAAUGGUAUGGUUAUCCAGACUUUUUUAUAACCAUUACCUGCAAUCCCAAAUGGCCGGAGGUUCAAAGGUUUCUUAAGGACACAAAUCUUAAUCCGGAGGAUAGGCCAGAUAUUUUAUCUCGAAUUUUUAAAAUUAAGCUGGAUUCAAUUUGUAAAGAUUUGAAAGACCGUGAUUUGUUUGGAAAAGCUUCUGCUGUUGUUUACACUAUUGAGUUUCAGAAGCGAGGAUUGCCUCAUGCGCAUAUGUGCUUAUUCAUGGAGAAUCAUUACAAACUUCCAACUGUAGACCAUGUUGAUCAGUUUAUUUGUGCAGAAAUCCCUGAUUUAAACCAAGACCCGGAACUAUAUACGCUUGUGAAAGACCAUAUGAUUCACGGUCCAUGUGGUAAUGCUAGAAUGAGCUCUCCAUGUAUGGUUGAUAGAAAAUGUUCAAAAGGUUUUCCCAAGAAAUUUCAAGAUCACUCAACCUUGGAUUCUAACGGAUUUCCCUUAUACAGAAGAAGAGAUGACGGUUCCUUCGUUUUAAAAAAUAAAAUUCAGUUAGACAACAGAAGUGUUGUACCUUAUAACAAAAAGCUUUUGAAAAGAUAUCAGGCGCAUAUAAACGUUGAAUGGUGCAACCAAGCGGCGUCAAUAAAGUAUUUGUUCAAGUAUAUUAAUAAAGGUCCUGAUAGAGCAACAGUUGCUGUGGUUCCGAGCAAUAAUGAAAACGAGCAAGCAGAAAAUGAUGAAAUUAAAGAGUAUUAUGACUGUAGGUAUAUAUCUGCGUGUGAAGCCUCUUGGAGGAUUUUUUCUAAUGAAGUUAAUUAUAGGAGUCCUUCUGUUAUGCGUCUUCCUUUCCAUCUUCCUGGACAACAAACAGUUUGUUUCGGUCCUGAUGAAGAUAUUAAUCAAGUGCUAAACAAACCAUCUGUGAACUCAUCAAUGUUUUUAGCUUGGAUGCAACGUAAUCAAGAUCCUAACGACCAUGUUGCACGUACCCUAACAUAUGUACAGUUUCCGCGUUUUUAUGUGUGGAAGCUUGACAAGCGUAUAUGGGUUCCAAGAAUAAAAGGAAAAACAAUUGGAAGAAUUCAUUCCGUUUCUCCUUCUACCGGUGAAGCGUACUAUUUAAGAAUUCUUCUUAACAAAGUUAAAGGACCAACAUCGUUUGAUGAUAUUAAAACAGUUAAUGGUCGAGUGUACGAUACUUUUAGAGAUGUUUGCUAUACGCUUGGUUUGUUGGAUGACGACUCGGAGUACAUUGAGGCCAUCAAAGAAGCAAAUAUAUCAGGUAGUGCAGGUUAUAUUCGCAAUUUAUUCGCCACCAUGCUACUGUCAAGCACAUUAUCUAGACCUGAAGUUGUCUGGGAAAGCACAUGGAAGUAUAUGACAGAUGAUUUUCUGUACAGAUUCUCAAAGUAUCAUCGUGUUUCAGGUUUAUCAAUUCCUGAUGAGCAACUAAAGAACUAUGUUUUAUGCGAAAUCGAGAAGUUUUUAACUCGGAAUAAUUCAUCGCUUCGGAGAUUUUUAUCAAUGCCUUACCCGGAUACUUCAUCUUUAGAUAACUUUCGCUGCCGAUUGAUUAACGAAGAGCUUGCUUAUGACAGAACAGAGUUACAAAAUGUUUAUCAAGGUCAGGUGAAUUUGUUAACGGAUGAACAACGUGCAGUAUAUGAAGAAAUUAUGAACGCAGUUCAUGGAGACAAUGGAGGAGUAUUUUUUGUUUACGGUUAUGGCGGGACCGGUAAAACUUUUUUAUGGAAAACAUUGUCUGCUGCAAUUAGGUCAAAAGGUGAGAUUGUAUUAAACGUUGCAUCUAGCGGAAUUGCAUCAUUGCUGUUGGAGGGAGGAAGAACGGCUCAUUCUAGGUUUCAUAUACCUUUGAAUCUUAAUGAGGAUUCCGUUUGUCAUAUAAAACCAGAGGAUGAUGUAGCUAAAUUACUACAGCAGACCAAACUCAUUAUAUGGGAUGAAGCUCCUAUGGUUCAUAAACAUGCAUUUGAGGCUUUGGAUAGAACUAUGCAUGACAUUUUCAAUAUAUCUAAUCCAUCCAGGUCUGAUGUUUCAUUUGGAGGAAAGGUAAUUGUAUUUGGUGGUGAUUUUCGGCAAAUACUACGUGUUGUUCCAAACGGUGGACGUCAAGAAAUUGUGAAUGCCUCAUUAUGUUCUUCUUAUUUGUGGAGUAAGUGUAAGUUGUUGACGUUAUCUAGAAACAUGAGGUUAACUGUUGGAAGACCAUCAUCUGAAGUUGAAGAGAUCAGUAAUUUUGCAAAAUGGUUGUUGGACGUUGGUGAGGGAAAUGUUGGUGGUUCCAAUGAUGGAGAAGCAAUAAUUGAAAUACCACCUGAGCUUUUAAUUGAUAACAUAUCUGAUCCAAUUUCUAGCCUGAUUGAUUUUGUUUAUCCAUCAAUUUUGGAGAAUUACAAUGAUCGUAAUUACUUUAGUACACGAGCUAUACUUGCGCCUAAGAAUGAGGUUGUUUACGAGAUUAACGACAGAUUGUUGGCAGUAUUCCCUGGUGAAGAAAAAGAGUAUCUUAGUUCUGACAGUCUAUGCCCUACUGAAGAUGGCAAUGUUGAUCAGCAAAAAAUAUACUCCCCCGAUGUGCUCAAUGGUCUCAAAGUGUCUGGUUUACCAAAUCAUAGGUUAGUGCUUAAAGUUGGUGUUCCAGUAAUGUUGUUGCGAAAUAUUGACCAACGAAAUGGUUUGUGUAACGGUACAAGGUUAAAGGUCACAAAACUUUACAGUCGUGUUAUUGAAGCUGAGAUAAUUCUGGUGGUAAUAUUGGUUCUCGGACAUUCAUACCUAGAAUGA